AGUUUCUAUAAAUAAAUCAAAUUAAAAAUGUUUCUUAUUUUAAGUUUUUUGACCGUUCGCGUGUCAUGUUACGACUACCGGCGUCUAUGGAGAAAUCACCGCAAAAUUUAUAGAGAGAGUAAAACGAAAGAGAAGAAAAAAAGGAAAACGAAAAAAAAACGUUUCUUUUUCCAGAGAGGUCUUAAGAGAGAGGAGAGAGAAAAGGCAUCGCUUUGUAUAUAAGCUAAAGAAAAGCCAAAAAACAAUCUAGAGGUUGGGAGAAGAAGAAGAAGAAAAGAGAAGAAGCUCUUGUUAUCCCGGCGUUCUUAAAACAACGACGGCGACGGUGACGGCUAAGCGGAAGAGCUUUUGUUGCCAAUGACGGACUCUUACGGCGCCGUCUCCGUCGACGUUGGAACAAUCUAUCUUGGUGGCAAGGAGCAUCGUGUUAAAACUGCUAGUGGUGUUGUGUCUGUCAUUGUCUAUGGAGACAGAGAAAAGCCAGCAUUGAUUACUUAUCCUGAUUUAGCCCUAAACCAUAUGUCAUGCUUCCAAGGGUUAUUCUUCUGUCCUGAAGCAGCUUCAUUGCUGCUUCAUAACUUCUGCAUUUACCAUAUCAGUCCACCUGGGCAUGAGUUAGGAGCUGCUCCAAUUUGUCCUAAUGAUUCAGUCCCUUCUGCUGAAAACUUGGCAGAUCAGAUCCUUGAAGUUCUCAACUUUUUCGGCCUUGGUGUUGUGAUGUGUAUGGGAGUGACUGCAGGUGCUUAUAUCCUCACCUUAUUCGCGAUGAAACAUAGAGAACGGGUUCUUGGUUUGAUUCUUGUCUCACCGUUAUGCAAGGCGCCGUCUUGGUCUGAAUGGUUUUACAACAAGGUUAUCACAAACUUGUUAUAUUAUUACGGAAUGUGUGGAGUGGUAAAGGAAUUUUUGCUUCAGAGAUAUUUUAGUAAGGAAGUCCGUGGUAACGUUGAGAUUCCAGAGUCAGAUAUAGCACAAGCUUGCAGAAGACUGCUUGAUGAAAGACAAGGCAUAAACGUUUUGCGAUUUCUUGACGCCAUUGACCGGAGACCUGACAUCUCAAGUGGAUUGAAGAAACUAAAAUGCAGGACACUUAUCUUCAUCGGAGAUCAAUCUCCUUUCUACUCAGAAGCUGUUCACAUGGCAGCAACUUUGGAUAGAGGAUACUGUGCUUUGGUUGAGGUUCAGGCUUGUGGUUCAAUGGUAACAGAGGAGCAACCACAUGCAAUGUUGAUCCCAAUGGAAUAUUUCUUGAUGGGUUACGGAUUAUACAGACCAUCUCUUUUCUCCGAGAGCCCUAGAAGUCCACUUAGCCCUUCUUGUAUUUCACCUGAGCUUCUCUCUCCUGAAAGCAUGGGAUUAAAGCUUAAGCCUAUCAAAACCAGAAUUUCGGCGGCUUAAGUGUGUGUGCACUACUGAUUCAUUGGUUCUAAUUUUGCUGAGGAGAAGAAAUCUUAGGGCUUUUGUAGAUAUAGAACAAUACUAGGGAGAUUUGAGAAGAAGAAGACGAAGAAGAAAAAUUCAAGCCACCAUCAUAUAACACAUUCUUUUGUAGUCAGCCGACACGACAGUUCUCUUGUUAAGAUGCCACAAAAUGUUGUUUAUUAUUUCAUUUUUUUAUACAUAUGUAAAAUGUUCUGUUCUUGUGACAUUGUAACAAUUGUUUUGUGACGAACUCUGCAGAAGCAAGUAAUAAAAUUCAUUUUGCAUU